CGGCGAUGAGCGCACACCGGUGCCGGUUGCAGGCGUGCAGGAAGCGGCAGGAAGGAGGCGGACUGAACCGUUUAUCAUCGUUUAUUAAACUCUGCCUUUGUCAUGUUCAAAAGGUGGAUUAAUCCUCAAACUGUGUGACUUAUUUCAGCCGUGAAGAUGUUGACAGACAUGAUUGUGGAGCAAGAAUUUGAGAUCAAGGAGGAGGAACCGUGGUACGACAAGCAAGACCUUGAACAUGACCUGCAGCUGGCAGCCGAGCUCGGGAAGUCUCUCCUGGAGCGAAACAGGGAGCUGGAGCAAGGGCUGCAGCAGAUGUACUCCACCAACCAGGAGCAACUGCAGGAGAUAGAGUACCUGACGAAGCAGGUGGACCUCCUCAGACAGGUCAAUGACCAGCACGCCAAAGUGUACGAGCAGCUGGACGUGUCGGCCCGAGAGCUGGAGCACAGCAACCACAAACUAGUGCUGGACAACAGGACGGCCCAGCAGAAGAUCCAGGGGCUGACGGAGACGGUGGAGCUGCUGCAGACGCAGGUGGAGGAGCUGCAGCAUCAGGUGGAGGAGCUGAAGCUGAGUCCUUUGCAGCCUCGGAGGCCUCCUCAUAGGGAGAAGUGGCCCCCGCGAGGCACUCAGAGUGUGUCCUGCCUGAAAGAGCUACAAAAUACACUCAGGUACGACCAGGACGAGCCCUCAGAGGACCUCGAAUCCUCCGACCUGUCGUGGCACGAGGAGGAGCGGGCGUCGCUGCGUCAGUCGCUCCGUAACCUGCAGACUCAGUUUGCCAGCGAGCGUGCUCGGAGGGAGCAGUCGGAGCGAGAGGCCGAGCUGCUCGCCACUGAGAAUGCAGCACUGGAGCAGCAGCUGGGACGGAUCGAGGGAUGUCAGGCCCGAGUGGUGGAGCUGGAGCGUGAAGCCGAGGAGCUUCGUCAGCUCUGGAAAUCCGAUUCCUCCACGAGAUCCAACAGGCCGGACAGCCUCCACAGCAUGCUGCCCUCCUCCAUGUUCCUCCACCCGGAGGAGGAGAACGACGCGGACGCAGCUGCAGCUAGAAGCCCCUGGUUCCUGAAGCACUGCGACGGCGAGCGGCUGCUAAAGGCUACGCAGAUGCCUGACUCUCCCGACAGGAUCUACGACCACGAGUGCUCCUGCGUGCGUCGAGCCGAGGUGGUGAAGUAUCGUGGGAUCUCGCUGCUCAACGAGGUCGACGCGCAGUACAGUGCCUUGCAGGUGAAGUACGACGAGCUGCUGCGGCGCUGCCACCCAGGGCAGCCGGAGGAGGAGCAGCAGGACGGGCUGACCCACAAGUCCGUCCAGACCGCAGCGCUCGCCGCCGCUUGUCACGUUCUGACGGACAUGGAGGACUUUGAGGACGACUUUCACCAGCCGGAGUACAAAGAACUUUUUAGGGAAAUUUUCUCCCGCAUUCAGAAAACCAAAGAGGACUUGAUUGAAAACAGAGAGAGACCCUCAGCUGGUGCAGUGCUGCCUAUUUUACAUAAAUAAUGUUAAAAAAAGAAAAAAAGAAAAUUCUGCUGCAAGAUUAAUCAUUGUCUUCCAGUUGAACAGGCAACUCUUUGGAAAGACUCUCACAGCAGCACAUGAAGCUAAUUAACUCUACACUUUACUGUAUGUUAUUUGCCCAGAAAUGGUGCUCGCCAUGCAAAGCGGUUAAGAGAUGAGAGCGAUGCAGGAACAAGAAGGCCCGACACCACCAGCUCACGUCUCAGAUGUGGCUCAUUUUGCACAGAAACACCAGUGCCUAACGCCGUCGUCUCUACUGUGCACUCACUCUACCUCACUCUGCACAAACAGGCUCCCGAGGGAAUCAUUUCUGGGUCUUCUUUGCAUAAGCUGUAUCUGUAACACUUUAUUUUUUACGAGUCCCAGAAUUUCCAGUAGUUUCCUAGAAAGAUACCUGGAAAAGAAGGAGGAAAAGAUGUCAUUUGGUGCUAAUUAGAGAGAAAAUGAGACUAUGUUCAAUUAAACCAUUUCAGUUAAUUGUUGGUGUUAUUCAAACAAUAUAACAAUUUAACUUCAAUUUCCACGUAAUUCUUUAGUUCAAGUCAAUCAAAUCAGUGCAACUAAUUAUCUUUUCCGUUGCUGAUAAUUCUUUUUUUUUUGUAUUUUUAAAAUUAAUUACUUAGUCUAUUCAAUGUCAGAAAACACAGGAAAUAAAAGCCAAUCACAAUUGCUAUUAAUUAAUUGGCUAAAUUGUUGCUGAUUAAUUUGUGUUGAUCAGCUUAUCAACUAAUUAACCAAUUAAUUCAGCUGUAAAUGCUAGUUUGACCUAUAAAAUGUGUAAGCAGACAGCAGAAAGUAGGAGGUGGUAAAUUUGAGAAGGUAUGAAUGAAAAAAAAUUGGAUAAAAAAAUUAAAAUAUGGUGAAGGUCUCAUCUAUUAGUGUGAGUAGAUAUGAUUUUGUCAAUAUAUAUUUUUGAUCUCUUGAUUUUUACAUGAAAGAAAUGGCAAAGAAUGAUUAAUUUAUCAAUUAAUUAGCUAAAUUGUUGCUGAUUUAUUUUGUGUUGAUCAGCUUAUCAACUAAUUAACCAAUUAAUUCAGCUCUAAUUGCUAGUUUGACCUAAAGAAAUGUAUAACUAGUCCCAAAUUAAACAUCUGUUUCCAGGAAACUUUUUAUCAGGAAAUGAAGGCUCUAUAAUAUAAAAUGUUAUUGCUUGUAUCUGCUGUUUGAAUACUGAACUCCUGUGAUCCAAUGUGAACUUUUUAAUUCAUUUUUUUCUUUGCAACUAUAAAACAGAACAAAAAAAAGCAAGUUUCUUGGUGAUGCGAGCUGUUAAAUUGGUGAAGGAGUUUAUAUUGCUAGACAUUAAUAAUUCAAGGUGCUUAAAGAUAUUAGGAUUUUUUUUGUAAUGGUAAUAUUGAUUUCUCAAAGAUGAUACUUGUACGAUAGUUUAGACGACUGUGAGUGAAUGUCAUAUUAAAGGGAAGUUUUACCAAAAGACUAACUCUAUGUACUUGAUGAUGUAACGGCCUCCUGAUAUAUAUUAUAAACGAUAUAUCACAAAACCUUGUUUGAUUAGAAGCUUUUCUCUGCAGCACUUCUGUUGCUUUUGCUGCUUGCUGUUCGUGUGAAUAAGACCGUGCACACCAUUUGUUGAUGUCUGUAAAAUCACAUUGAGAUGCACUUUAGAAAUUGCACAUUGUCAACGCUCUGCUGACACUUUAAUGUUUGUCAUAUGUAGCUGUUAAGUGUCCUGAAUAAUCUGCAGUAUGUAUGUACAGAAUGUUUUACCUGUUUCAUGAUUUGACCUCGUGGUUUAUGUUUGAGCCAUAAAACAUGAAGCAAGCUGA